AUGCAGAAGCCCAGCGGCCUGAAGCCCCCCGGCCGCGGGGGGAAGCACUCGAGCCCUGUGGGCCGGACGUCCACUGGGUCAACCUCAGCCUCUGCUGCCGCCGCCACCACCAACUCAAAGGAAGGCUCCCCCCUGCACAAGCAGGGGUCCGGCCCCUCCUCUACCCCCUCCUCUGAGAAGCUGGGCCCCAAGGCGGCCGAGGUGGGCGAUGACUUCCUGGGAGACUUCGUGGUGGGCGAGCGGGUGUGGGUGAACGGCGUGAAGCCCGGUGUGGUACAGUACCUGGGCGAGACGCAGUUCGCACCCGGCCAGUGGGCAGGCGUGGUGCUGGACGACCCAGUGGGCAAGAAUGACGGCUCGGUGGGCGGCGUGCGCUACUUCGAGUGCCCGGCACUGCAGGGCAUCUUCACGCGGCCCUCCAAGCUGACCCGGCAGCCCACGGCCGAGGGCUCGGGCAGCGAUGCCCACUCGGUGGAGUCGCUGACCGCGCAGAACCUGUCCCUGCACUCGGGCACGGCCACCCCUCCGCUGACCAGCCGCGUCAUUCCCCUGCGGGAAAGUGUCCUCAACAGCUCGGUCAAGACGGGCAACGAGUCGGGCUCCAACCUGUCAGACAGCGGCUCCGUGAAGCGGGGGGACAAGGACCUUCGCCUGGGCGACCGAGUGCUGGUUGGUGGGACGAAGACCGGUGUGGUGCGGUACGUGGGGGAGACAGACUUUGCCAAAGGCGAGUGGUGCGGCGUCGAGCUGGACGAGCCCCUCGGCAAGAAUGAUGGAGCCGUGGCGGGCACCAGGUACUUCCAGUGUCCACCCAAGUUUGGUCUCUUCGCCCCCAUCCACAAGGUCAUCCGCAUCGGCUUCCCGUCCACCAGCCCCGCCAAAGCCAAGAAGACCAAGCGAAUGGCCAUGGGGGUGUCGGCGCUCACCCACAGUCCCAGCAGCUCCUCCAUCAGCUCCGUCAGCUCCGUGGCCUCCUCUGUGGGGGGCCGGCCGAGCCGCAGCGGUCUGCUCACGGAGACCUCUUCACGCUACGCCCGCAAGAUCUCAGGCACCACAGCCUUGCAAGAGGCGCUGAAGGAGAAGCAGCAGCACAUCGAGCAGCUGCUGGCCGAGCGGGACCUGGAACGGGCCGAGGUGGCCAAGGCCACGAGCCACAUCUGCGAGGUGGAGAAGGAGAUCGCCCUGCUUAAGGCACAGCACGAGCAGUAUGUUGCAGAAGCCGAGGAGAAGCUGCAGCGGGCACGGCUGCUCGUGGAGAGCGCGCGGAAGGAGAAGGUGGACCUGUCCAACCAGCUGGAGGAGGAGAGGAGGAAGGUGGAGGACCUGCAGUUCCGAGUGGAGGAGGAGUCCAUCACCAAAGGAGACCUGGAGACCCAGACGCAGCUGGAGCACGCGCGCAUUGGGGAGCUGGAGCAGAGCCUGCUACUGGAGAAGGCGCAGGCCGAGCGGCUCCUCAGGGAGUUAGCGGACAACAGGCUGACCACGGUGGCCGAGAAGUCGCGGGUGCUGCAGCUGGAGGAGGAGCUGAGCCUGCGGCGUGGGGAGAUCGAGGAGCUGCAGCAGUGCCUCCUGCACUCGAGCCCCCCACCCGCCGACCACCCCGAGGCGGCCGAGGCCCUGCGCCUGCGCGAGCGCCUGCUGUCGGCCAGCCAGGAGCAGCAGCGCGAGAGCGGGGCGCUGCGCGACAAGUACGAGAAGGCGCUCAAGGCGUACCAGGCGGAGGUGGAGAAGCUGCGCGCCGCCAACGACAGGUACGCGCAGGAGGUGGCGGACCUCAAGGACAAGGUGCAGCAGGCCACCAGCGAGAACAUGGGGCUCAUGGACAACUGGAAGUCCAAGCUGGACUCGCUGGCCUCCGACCACCAGAAGUCCCUGGAGGACCUCAAGGCCACGCUGAACUCGGGCCCCGGCGCCCAGCAGAAGGAGAUCGGGGAGCUGAAGGCGGUGAUGGAGGGCGUCAAGAUGGAGCACCAGCUGGAGCUGGGCAACCUGCGCGCCAAGCACGACCUGGAGACGGCGGUGCACGUGAAGGAGAAGGAGGGCCUGCGGCAGCGGCUGCAGGAGGCCCAGGACGAGCUGGCCGGGCUCCGGCAGCACUGGCGCACCCAGCUCGAGCUGCAGGCAGGCCAGCACCGGCGCGAGCUGCAGGAGGCCCAGGACCAGCGGCGCGACGCCGAGCUGCGGGUGCACGAGCUGGAGAAGCUGGAUGCCGAGUACCGCGGGCAGGCGCAGGCCAUCGAGUUCCUCAAGGAGCAGAUCGCCCUGGCCGAGAAGAAGAUGCGGGACUACGAGGGGCUGCAGCGCUCCGAGGCCCAGAGCCGCCAGGAGGCCGAGAGGCUGCGCGAGAAGCUCCUGGUGGCCGAGAACAGACUGCAGGCCGUGGAGGCCCUGUGCUCGGCCCAGCACGCGCACAUGAUUGAGUCCAGCGACAUUUCCGAGGAGACGAUCCGAAUGAAGGAGACGGUGGAGGGCCUGCAGGACAAGCUGAACAAGAGGGACAAAGAAGUGACAGCCUUGACGUCCCAGACCGAGAUGCUCAGGGCCCAAGUAAGUGCGCUCGAGAGCAAGUGCAAGUCUGGGGAGAAGAAGGUGGACAACCUCCUGAAGGAGAAGCGGCGUCUGGAGGCCGAGCUGGAGGCAGUGACCCGGAAGACCCACGACGCCUCGGGCCAGCUGGUGCUCAUCAGCCAGGAGCUGCUCCGGAAGGAGCGGAGCUUGAAUGAGCUGCGCGUGCUGCUGCUGGAGGCCAACCGCCACUCGCCGGGGCCCGAGCGGGACCUGAGCCGAGAGGUGCACAAGGCUGAGUGGCGCAUCAAGGAGCAGAAGCUCAAGGAUGACAUCCGAGGCCUGAGGGAGAAGCUGACCGGGCUGGACAAGGAGAAGUCCCUGUCGGAACAGAGGCGCUACUCCCUCAUUGACCCAUCCUCGGCCCCCGAGCUCCUGCGGCUGCAGCACCAGCUGAUGAGCACGGAGGACGCACUGCGGGACGCGCUGGACCAGGCCCAGCAGGUGGAGAAGCUCAUGGAGGCCAUGAGGAGCUGCCCCGACAAGUCCCAGGCCCUGAGCACUUCCGGGUCUGCAAAUGGCAUCCACCAGCAAGACAAGGCCCACAAACAAGAGGCAGGGACCAGGAUUGCCACUUUGGAGACAAGAACAGUGUUUGGAACUAUAAUGUACUCACCGCUGUGGACAAUCCCCAUCCCAGAACCCCCUGCCGGACCAGGAGGCUUCCUCAAGCACAGCCUUCCAGGGAGUGUGGCCCAGCCCCGGCGCGGCCUGCAACCACAGCUGGACACAUGGACACCCAGUCGUUUCCAGAAUUUGUUUGGAGGGCAGAAGCCAGCCAGCCAGGCCCUGCCCCCUCGACCCUCCCGUCCACCCACAGGCAGCCCUAGGACCGACGGGGCGCCCUGGACACAGAUGACCCAUCACCAGCUGCUGCCCAGAGGCUCGCCCGAGGCCAGGAGCCGCAGUAUUAGAACUGUGUGGACGCCUGCUGCCCGUCGCCCCACCAGCGACCUGGGCCAGCCCUGGCGCGGAGCUGGGCAGGGGCAGCCACACGGGAGUCCAGAGCUGUGA